AUGAGAGGACGAUGGCGCCUUUACUUUUUGGCUGUCUUGGUCUACAUGAUUGCAUUGCACAUGCGGUCCAAAGCGGAUUCCAAUGCAACACGCAAAGACAUCACAACAUUCACCAAGAUCCUGGACAGUCUGCUAGAUGGCUAUGAUAACAGGCUUAGACCUGGCUUGGGUGACCGCGUAACAGAAGUAAAGACAGAUAUCUAUGUGACGAGCUUUGGUCCUGUGUCAGACACAGACAUGGAAUACACUGUAGACGUUUUCUUCCGUCAGAGUUGGAAAGACGAGCGAUUGAAGUUCCACGGGCCAAUGAAUAUUCUGCCUCUCAACAACUUAAUGGCCAGUAAGAUCUGGACUCCUGAUACCUUCUUUCACAACGGCAAGAAGUCGGUGGCCCAUAACAUGACAAUGCCCAACAAACUAUUGAGGAUUAUGGAGGAUGGAACGCUACUCUACACUAUGAGGCUGACAGUCCAAGCUGAGUGCCCCAUGCACCUGGAAGACUUUCCUAUGGACUCUCAUUCAUGUCCUCUCAAGUUUGGCAGCUAUGCCUACACAAAGACGGAAGUUACUUACAUUUGGACUCGAAAUGCUUCCCAGUCUGUGGAUGUGGCAGCUGAUGGAUCCAGACUCAACCAAUAUGAUUUAGUGGGCCAAACUGUUGGAAAAGAAACAAUUCAAUCCAGCACAGGUGAAUACACCGUCAUGACUGCCCACUUCCACCUGAAGAGGAAAAUUGGCUAUUUCGUCAUCCAGACAUAUUUACCAUGUAUCAUGACAGUCAUCCUUUCCCAGGUGUCUUUUUGGCUGAAUAGAGAGUCCGUUCCUGCCAGAACAGUGUUUGGUGUAACUACAGUACUUACAAUGACCACCCUAAGUAUCAGUGCCCGCAAUUCUCUGCCCAAAGUGGCGUAUGCAACAGCAAUGGACUGGUUCAUUGCUGUGUGUUACGCGUUUGUCUUCUCGGCGCUCAUUGAAUUUGCCACUGUUAACUACUUCACCAAGCGAGGCUGGGCCUGGGAUGGAAAGAGUAUCGUCAAUGACAAGAAAAAAGAAUCAUCUGUGAUGAAGAAGAACAAUGCUUAUGCAGUGGCUGUGGCUAACUAUGCUCCAAAUUUAACUAAAGACACGACAUUACCCACAAUUUCCAAAUGUGCCGUCGGUGAUCCCAACAAGCCCUCCUCAGAGAAGAAACCUGAACAUAACAAGAAAACGUUCAACAGUGUCAGCAAGAUUGACCGCAUUUCCCGCAUCAUGUUCCCCGUUCUUUUCGGGAGCUUUAACCUUGUUUACUGGGCCACCUACCUCAACAGAGAACCGGUUAUUAAAGGCCUGGAUGAUUCGAAAUAA